UAUUUGACAAAAGCAUGCUUAUGUCCAUGUGAAAAAUUAGCCCAAAUUUAUCAUUGUAUAAAUUGUAGGUUUAUACAAUGAAAUUUAUGAUUUCUCAAUGAAUAAUUACGGAAGUAAUCAAAUAACAAAAUUUUUAUAGUGUCCCGAAAUUGGGGCCUUAUUUUUUGAUGUAUUUGCAUAGUAAAUGAGAGUUUAGUGCGUAACAAUAAUAGUACUUUGAAAUGGAGUCUUUAUUUUCGGAAAAGCAAUUUUGGACUGGAAUUAUUUUAUUGAUUAGAAAUUACAAUGCCGUUAAUAAAAAAAUAUUUGCUUGUGUAGUACAUAAAGUGUUGAAAGUGCAAAAAGGGAUUGCACAUAUUCUUAAUGUGGGUGAUUCUCAAUUGUAUUGCGAUCAAUUGUUUGAUAUAGGCAAAAUUAAGGAUACUUCUGUUACUGAAAAAUCUGAAGCAGAUCUGAUACACGUACUUCGUAGUGUUAUAGAAAAUAAAAAUUUAGAAGAGGAAUGCGAGGGUUUUUUAAUAUUUUAUAAAUUUCUGACUAAAAAAUUACAAAAAAAUAUUGAAGCUGUGGGUAAAAUUGAUUUAUUAAAUAAAUCAUACACAUGCCGAUUUAAGUUGUGUGAUGAUUUGGAUGAUUUUGCUGUUCAAUUUGUUGACAACCACUUAACAGUUGUCAUACUUACUCAACGUGACGUUGGAGACAAGAGUAAGCGAUGGUCUGAUUUUAUUCUGAAGCCAAAACUGUUGAAAUGGAGUACAAGCGCCUCUUUGGAAAAUUUAUAUUCAGUUGACGAAGAAAAAUACACGAAAUCUUUACAGUUGGUGGACUUAGAAGAAUAUAAUGAACUUUAUAAGCUACUUAAGUCCAAAUACGCUGAAAAGUUCUUGAAUAUCUGGAACAAUGCAAAAGAAUCUACCGAUCCUCUAAAAUUCGUUUAUGAAGACUUGGCGAUAGCUGCUUAUUUAAUUUGUCUGUGGCAUCGUGUUGGUUCCCCAAUUGGUUUCGCUGAUCUGGGAUGUGGAAAUGGUUUGCUAGUACAUUUACUCUCUGAGGAAGGUUUUAAUGGUUAUGGGUACGAUGUUCGGCGACGUAAAAUAUGGGGUUAUUACACACACUCCACAAGGUUAAUUGAGCAAACAAUCGAACCUUUAACGUUUAAGCUGCCGGAAGAUGUAGACUGGGUGAUUGGUAACCAUUCUGAUGAAUUAUCCCCAUGGAUACCCUUCUUAAGUGCUACACAUAGGUAUCAGAUGCGUUACUUUCUACUUCCAUGCUGUGCUUACGAGUUUUCUGGUGCAAAGUUCCAACGUCGCAAUACGAGUAUAAGUAUAUAUCAAGACUUUUACUCAUAUUUAAAUAAUAUUUCACAAAAUUGUGGUUUUAUAACGUUAAAAGAUCGUUUGAAAAUACCGAGUACAAAACGAUUAGCUUUAGUUGGAAUCGAACGUUCAUAUGAAUCGAACUUAAGUGAAAAGCAAAUGCAACACAUUGCACAGUUUGUUAAAGAAGAGCGUAUUAAAUAUAGAAACAACAUGUCGGUUGCUGAUGUGAAAUUACGCGAACCACAUGAAAAAGUUCGAAAUUGUACACAAAUCAAUAAAACAAUUAUAGAUGCCUUAAUUUUAAAAAUAUUCCAUCAGCUAUUGUCCCCCGAAAAUAACACAAUAAAAACAAAUAAUACUGAAAGAGGAAAAUGGCGGUCUGGUAUCCGCUUGCCGAUGAGAGACAUUGCUCAAAAUCUAGCUAAAAGUGAUCUGAAAAGUAUUAAAGCUGAAUGUGGUGGUAUUAAAACUCUACUACGAAACAAACAUGAAAUAUUUGAGUUUCAUUGUGGAGACUUAAUUGGAAUAAGGAAACCAAAAGCUUUUGUAUCUCAAUCUCAAGGCAAUCGGCAGACUAUUAAAAAACGUUCCUGUUUUUUUCACAUUCAUCACCCAGAUGGUUGUCCUUUAUCGGCCGAAAUAUGUACAUUUAUUCAUUAAAAUAUUCCUUUUUUAAGUAAGGUAAUCCAAUUAUAUAUUGAAUAAGUUUUUAAUCAAAGUUUCUAUUUCUGAUCUACAAUAUAAAUUAUGGUUACACAUUUAGAAAUCAUAAAUAGCAGUUUCUACAUUUCUUUUUUAAAAGUA